GCCGACACAAUGGUUGAAUGGACAGACUUCGAGCGCGCCACCAUCAAGGACAUCUUCUCCAAGAUUAACUAUGAAGAAGUGGGCCCUGCUGCUCUUUCCAGGUGUCUGGUUGUAUACCCCUGGACUCAGAGGUAUUUCGGCAACUUUGGUAACCUCUACAACGCCGCAGCCAUCAUGGCAAACCCAUUGGUUGCAAAACAUGGGACAACUAUCCUGCACGGUCUGGACCGGGCUAUGAAGAACAUGGACAACAUCAAGGAAACCUACGCUGAGCUGAGUGUGCUGCACUCUGAGAAACUGCACGUGGAUCCUGACAACUUCAAGCUGCUGGCCGACUGCCUGACCAUCGUGCUCGCUGCUGGGAUGGGUUCAGACUUCAGUGGUGAAGUGCAGGCAGCUUUCCAGAAGUUCAUGUCCGUGGUGGUGUCCUCCCUGGGAAGACAGUACCACUAGAGAGCUGCAGCACAUGAGGAGAACAUCAAAUUCAU